UGUGUUAUACACAGCAAUAGGAAGUGUUACACAACUGAUCAGUAAAUGGUAGGCUAGCAUUUGUUUUAUACAGACAAGCUGCAAUGGGUGUCUAUCUGGACUCUACACUAUACAUGUUUUACUGUCUUGCACCCACAGGUCAUCAAAUGCAGGGCUGCAGUCGCCUAUGACUUCAAAAAGCCAUUUGUUGUUGAAGAAAUUGAAGUUGCUCCACCCAAGGCUCAUGAAAUUCGUGUGAAGGUGUGUGCUAGUGGAAUUUGCCACACUGAUGACCAUGCCCUGGGAGGUGGAAUGGCCAGUUUAAAUUUCCCUGUUGUUUUGGGACAUGAAGGCGCUGGAGUUGUUGAGAGUGUUGGGGAAGGUGUAUUCAAAGUUCAGCCAGGAGAUCAUGUCAUCCUUUUGUGCAGUCCAAUGUGCAUGAAGUGUAAAGCCUGUCUGCACGAAGAGAGCAACUUCUGUGAAAAGAAUGAUGUUGGAAAAAAUGUUGGACUCAUGUUGGACAAAACCACCCGAUUUUCUAUCAAGGGAAAAAUGAUCCACAACUUUAUGUCCACAAGCACAUUCACCGAAUAUACUGUUGUGGAUGAAUUUGCCAUUUGCAGGAUUGAUAAAGCUGCUCCUUUCGACCAAGUGUGCCUGGUUGGAUGUGGCUUUUCUACUGGUUUUGGAACAGUUCUCAAUACAGCAAAAGUGAAGCCAGGAAGCACAUGUGUAGUGUUUGGCCUGGGCGGAAUAGGCAUGUCAGCAGUCAUGGCCUGUAAAAUAGCUGGUGCCACAAAAAUUAUUGGAGUUGACAUCAAUCCAACCAAGUUCAACAAAGCUAAAGAGCUGGGAUGUACUGAGUGUGUGAACCCAGAUGACCAUAGCAAACCCAUCCAUGAGGUUAUCACCGAGAUGACCGAUGGGGGAGCUGAUUAUGGCUUUGAAUGUAUUGGCAAAGUUGAUGUGAUGGCCUCCAUGAUUCAGUCCACUAAUUAUUCCUUUGGAUCUGCCUGCAUUAUUGGUGUUCCCAAGUCCACAGACAGGAUUUCCCUUGAUGUCAUGUGGCUGCUAACUGGACGCAAAGUGCAAGGAGCCUUCUUGGGAGAUUACAAGGCACCUCUAGACUUUCCUGGAAUAGUCAGUGACAUGCUUGCUGGGAAAAUUGACCUUGAUCCCCUGGUGAGCUGGAGACUGCCAUUGGAGAAGAUCAAUGAAGGCUUUGACCUUAUGAGAAAUGGAAAAACUAUCCGUACAGUCCUUAUGAUGCCAAAGAAAUAAAGAAUAUCCAAGGAAUUGCUUGUGACUGAGAAACACAAAUCAUUUCAGAUUUACACAAACUAACCUUAGUUGCUUCUUUGGUGUGGUGUGUUCAUUUUCCAGACUUAUGUUGGGUGAUUUUUUCUUUCUAAAGGGAAAUAUUUGACAUUUAACAUGUAACUCUUUCUUUCAAUAUAUUUGUUAUAACCAAGAAUAAAAUAUAUGAUUCUGGUUUUAAAGGUU